GGGCAGAGGGCGGCUGGCGGCGGCGCGGGCCCUCGGCGGGGUCCCCGGCGGCGGGCCCCGGCCCCCGGGACGCCGCGGCGUUGCGCGAGGCCUCGCGGCAGCUGCUGGCCCUCGGCGACUCGCUAGCGGCGGCGCGGCGGGGCCGCGCCAGGGCCGCCGCCGCCGUCUGCACGGCAGAGCCGCGCGCGGCGGGGCGGCGCGAGGACCCGCGGUGCUGGGCGGACUCGGCGCGGUCGCCCGCGGGCGGUGCUGGGGACGCGGCGCUGGCGCUGGCAGUGGUCGCGCUCACGCUUCCGUAUUACCGGUGCGUGCAGUACACGACAGGGUUCAUCGACGAGGGCUUCGCCAUCUACCGGAACCCCGACGCGCGCGGGGAGACGGCGCUGGCGGAGCUGCUCCGCCACGACUUCUGGGGCACGCCGCUGGUGCCGCCCGACAGCCACGUGACGCACAAGUCCUACCGGCCGCUGAGCACACUCAUGUACGCCGCCGAGUGGCAGCUCUGCGCACGGUACGGGCUCCAGGGGCGCGAGAUGCAGGCGCUGCGGCUCCUGAGCUGCCUGAUCCACAGCGCCAACGCGGCCGUCGUCCUGCGGCUGCUGCGCCGGCUCGGCCCGCGGCGCCCGUGGGCGGCGCUGGGCGCGGCGCUGUUCGCCACGCACCCGGUGCACAUGGAGAACAUCGUCUAUCUCGUCGGGCGGGCAGGCUCCCUCUCCACGACGCUGGUGCUGGCGGCGGUGCUCGCGUACCUGCGGUUCACGCUGGGCCGCGGUGCCAGGUGGCCGUGGUGGGGCCAAACCGCCCUGGUUCUGCUGACCGUGGCUGCCGGCCUGAGCAAGGAGCCGGGGUUCACGGCGCUGUUCCUCCUUGCUUGCGCGGAGGUGCUGCUCCGCGCGCGCUGGCGCCACGUCGCUGCCCUGGCGCUGUCGUUCGUGACGGUGGGUGCUGCAAGAACGUGGUACGUUGGCGGCUCGGAUGAGGGCUUCGGAAAUGUGGACGCGCCAGUGCGCUACCAGGACGCGCUGCUCACGCGGACCCUGACGUAUCUGUACCAGCACGCUUACUACGCGAAGCUGCUCCUGCUGCCCUGGAACCAGUCCUGGGUGCUCCACCACAAGACCGCCGAGUUGCAGAGGCGCGGCGAUCUGCACGGCGCGCUCGGCUUCUACACGGGGUCGCUUGCCGUCUUCGAGGGUCAGGCCAUCACGGACUACUGCAUCGCGCGCAUACUGAUCAGCCUGGACCGCUUCAGCGAGGCGUACGCUCGCUUCCAGAAAAUCCUGAGCGGUCAUGGAAUUUGCUUCCACGACGGCAGCGACUUCCUCUGA